GCAGCCGCCGCCCGGGCACGCUCCCAGAAUGCAACUCUCUUCUCGCUAGAGAGUCAUAUUUACAUGUGUAAAUAAAGGACAUGCUCUUCUCCUAAAGCAUUUUUGGUCACCCCUCUCUCUCUUCUCAUCUCAUCUGGUGCGACUCAUGUACUUUACCCCGUACAUGAUCAGUGAUUGAACCUGCCGAAGGAAAAAUGUACCGUUAAGGACAGAAGGAAACCGAAACCACACAAAAAAAAAAAAAAAUUACCGAAAAAUUUAGGGGGCCAACUUUUUACUUAGGCGUAAAGCAUCGGGGAUAUUAAAUAUUGAUUUCAUAUCUAUUCAAAACAAAAAUCGACGAGGAAAAACUAUAUUUCCUGCUGUUUGUUUGUAAAGGCGGCGCCGAAGCUCUACUGAAAUAUUUUGACUACGAAAACGAUAAGAAUCCUUGCCUGAUAUCUUUUUUUUUUUCUUCUUCCUUGUUUCUUCUAUUUUCUUUACCUUUUUCUUCCCUCAACAUGGCGACCCAGAGUGUGAAUGUCAGCCUUGAUGAUAUAGAUCUCUCUAGUCUUCGAGAUCCAGCUGGAAUAUUCGAUCUGAUUGAAGUAGUAGGAAAUGGUACCUAUGGCCAAGUUUAUAAGGGUCGCCAUACUAAAACUGGGCAACUUGCUGCUAUUAAAGUUAUGAAUGUGACUGAAGAUGAAGAAGAUGAAAUAAAAUUAGAAAUUAAUGUUCUCAAAAAGUACUCACAUCAUCGCAACAUUGCCACAUAUUAUGGUGCUUUCAUUAAGAAGAGUCCACCAGGAAAAGAUGACCAACUAUGGUUGGUGAUGGAAUUCUGCGGUGCUGGUUCUGUCACAGAUUUAGUUAAAGCUACCAAAGGCAACACUUUAAAAGAAGAAUGGAUAGCAUAUAUAUGUAGAGAAAUUUUAAGGGGUUUAUCACAUCUUCACACCAAUAAAGUCAUCCACCGCGAUAUUAAAGGACAAAAUGUCUUGUUAACAGAUAAUGCUGAAGUGAAAUUGGUGGAUUUUGGUGUAAGUGCUCAAUUAGACAAGACUAUUGGCAGACGAAACACAUUUAUUGGAACGCCUUACUGGAUGGCACCAGAAGUUAUUGCCUGUGAUGAAAACCCUGAUGCUACAUAUGAUAAUAGGAGUGACCUUUGGUCGCUGGGUAUCACCGCCAUUGAAAUGGCAGAAGGUAAACCUCCCCUCUGUGAUAUGCAUCCGAUGAGAGCUUUGUUUCUAAUCCCAAGAUCUCCACCUCCUCGACUCAAAUCUCGCAAAUGGUCCUCAAAGUUUCAAAGUUUUGUAGAGGCUUGUUUGGUGAAAGACUAUACUCAGAGACCCAAUACAGAACAGUUACUGAAACACCCGUUUAUCAGAGAUCAACCCACCGAAAGGCAAGUGCGUAUUCAGCUCAAAGACCAGAUCGACCGGCACAGGAAAAACAAAAGAGUUGAUGAUCACGAGACAGAAUAUGAAUAUGAAGGCAGUGACAAUGAAGAAGAAGAUGAUAAUGCUUUACCUGGAGAAUCGAGCUCAAUAUUACAAAUACCUGGUGAAUCCACGCUGAAACGCAACUUCCAGCAAAUCCAAGAACGAGAAUCUCGGCAACAGAUCCGUCAUCACCAAGUCGCUCCUGUACAGUAUGCGCAGCGUUAUCAAGCUCAACGGCCGCAGUCAGGCCAACUGCUUCGACCAGCUUCAGCAUCUAGCCCGUUCCAGCCUCCGAAUCCACCAUUGUCAGAUCAUCCCAAACGCUAUCAUCCACCUCAUGGAAUAAGUGUAUCCAAUAAUGCUACUCCUGCUGCAGCUCAAGCUCUGAGUAACGACCAGCACAACCAAGGCAUGUUGCGUGCCCAAAGACCUGAGGAUUUGGAUCUUAUAGCUGCCCAGCUUAAUAACCUUGCAACAGAUGUUGCUGAUGAUGAUGAUGAAGAUGAAGAAAACGCUGUCACUAAAGAUGGAACUUUAGUUGUAUCGGAACCAGCAAGGCCUUUGUACAAAAGUUAUCUUUCUGAUUCUCGUCAUUAUCCUUAUCCAAACAGACCUCAAGCAGGUCCUAGUGAUAUGAGAUCAACCGAUUUCUCUGCCAACCAUCCGAAUCGACCAAGCAACUAUAAUCCAGACACUUUAGAAACUUUGUCAUCUAUGGUUAUACAUGAAGCCACUCCUGCCAGAAAUUCUCGGCCUCCUUCUUUUCAAAUGCAAAAGAGUCAUGCGGAAAGUACAGACGCAUUAUCUUCUGACCUGCCAGGUGUGAAAAACAUUGCACAUCCCUCUGAAAAUAAUUGCCGAGAUAAAGAACGCGAGAGAAAUGAUAAUGAGGAAAAUACACUGGUGAACCGGCGGGUAAAGAACAAAACUGAAGUGACAAGCAAAGAUGUGGAGCGCGAUCGGAACCGAGAUCGAUACAGCGAUCGUCACCGCGAACGUGAAGCUCAAAAGAGUAGUGGUAAGCCACCACUAGCACAACGAAUUAAUCUUGCCCCCGGAGCUUUGGCAAUGCAGUCACCCCGACACAAUAACAGUGGAGUUCUGCCUGACUUGCUGCCACCGCACACACCUCCGCAGUCCCGCUCACCCCCAAUGCCUCAGAGACCACAAGACAAAAGCACUUCGGAAGAGGCAGUGGGCAAGCAGGCUCCGAUGAACCACCAGAAAUCCUUCACAGCAUUUGGUUUUGGAGCUGGCUCCACUAUUGGCUCCAUGACACCAUCCCGCCGCGGCUCCCAGAUUAACGUUAAUGUAACCCCUUCACAGCCAAUUGAAGCUGUUAGUGAUACGCCCGAGAUCCGCAAGUACAAGAAACGGUUCAGUUCUGACAUUCUCUGUGCUGCCUUAUGGGGUGUUAACUUACUCAUAGGAACAGAGAAUGGAUUAACUUUACUUGAUCGAAGUGGUCAGGGCAAAGUAUAUACAUUAAUAUCCCGCCGUCGAUUCCAACAAAUGGAGGUAUUAGAAGGCCAGAACAUUUUAGUCACAAUCUCCGGAAAGAAAAACAAAAUCCGUGUAUAUUAUCUUUCAUGGUUGAAAAGUAAAAUUUUCAAAACCGAAGCUAUAAGCAGUGAGAAAAAAAAUGGCUGGCUGAACGUUGGGAAUCUAGAAGGCUGUGUCCAUUUUAAGAUUGUAAAAUAUGAACGGAUCAAAUUCCUUGUGAUAGCCCUUCAAGACUGCAUUGAGAUCUAUGCUUGGGCUCCUAAACCUUAUCAUAAAUUUAUGGCAUUCAAGUCCAUACCUGAGCUACAAAAUCGACCUCUGUUAGUGGACCUCACCAUUGAAGAGAAUCAAAGAUUGAAAGUAAUAUAUGCUUCCAGUAUAGGCUUUCACGCUAUUGACUUGGACACACAUACAGUGUUUGAUCUGUACAUUCCUUCACAUUAUCGGGGUACUCAUGACAAUGUGGCCACUCAGCAAAGUGGUAGCAUAACAUUCUACGUGAACCAGACCCAGGGUCCAAUAACUCCGCAUACUAUGGUCAUUCUUCCUAACACAGAUGGCUUACAGCUGCUCCUCUGCUACGACAAUGAAGGAGUUUAUGUGAACACUAGUGGCAAGAUUACAAAAAAUGUUGUUCUACAGUGGGGUGAACUCCCUACAUCUGUUGCCUACAUCAGUACUGGUCAGAUUAUGGGUUGGGGAAAUAAAGCUAUUGAGAUCAGAGCAGCAGACACGGGCCACUUGAAUGGAGUUUUUAUGCACAAAAAAGCCCAAAAACUCAAAUUUUUGUGUGAACGCAAUGAUAAGGUUUUCUUCUCAUCCGUGCGGUCUGGCUCAUCUUGCCAAAUAUACUUCAUGACUUUAAACAGACCUGGUUUGACCAACUGGUGAACUGGACACAACUGAGACAGCAACUUUAACACACACACACACACACAUAAACACUCACACACAUAAACAUUCACACAUGCACACACACACAUACUUACACAACAUGGACACAUCCAUACAUGCACAUGAAUAUAUGUAUAUAUAUAUAU